CAUAAUCACCAACUUUCACUUCCAACUCUUAAAGCAAUUCCAUAUGUAUUUUCCUCUCUCUCCGUUCCUCUGCUCAGUCUAUCUUCCCUCCUCUCUCCUUCUAAACACCAAAAGAAGACAAAAAAAAUGCUGUGCAUGUUUUCUUCUGUUAAUUAGUAUUUCAAGUCUUAAUUUCUUGCGUUAAUUUAUGUGGGUUUGAAAUAUACUGUAGCGUGAAAGAAGGGAAAACAAAGAAUUAAAGUUUUUGAUAGGACAGAAAGAUGAUGAGAAGCAACAGUGAGUCACCAAGACUUGAUCGAAAGACGGUCGAGAGGAAUCGCAGAAUUCACAUGAAGGAUUUAUGUUUCAAGCUGGCUUCUCUCAUUCCUUCUCAUCACUUCAAACAUUCUAAGGACAUGCUAUCGCAGCAAGGUCAACUAGACCAUGCUGCCGCCUACAUAAAGCACCUGAAAGAAAGAAUAGAGAAAUUAAAGAAGAAAAAGGAACAGGCAAUGGGAACUUCGGUAGCUAAUAAUAGCACCAUGGAUGCAAUGAUGAUGGGAUUGAGAUUGCCAAUGAUUGAACUUAGAGACUUGGGUUCAAGCAUAGAAGUGGUUUUGAUUAGUGGGUUGAAGAAGAACUUCAUGUUUUAUGAAGUUAUUACAAUUAUUGAGGAAGAAGGAGCUGAAGUUGUCAGCGCCAGCUUUUCAACCGUGGGUGAUAAGGUCUUCCACACAAUUCAUGCUCAGGUCAAAAUCUGUAGAGUUGGUGUGGAGACUUCAAGGGUAUGCCAGAGACUGCAGGAACUGAUUUACUGGAGUUGCAUAUGAAACUUUCAGAAUACUGAAACAAGAAGAGCUUUCAGGAAUCAGGAUCUCAUUGAAUUAUCCAAUUUUUACUCUGUGAAAUCUGGAGAUUAAAUCAUGCCCAGUAUGGAAUAUCUAGCAUCCAUAGUUCCUCUGUUAAUAGGAAUAAUAUUCCUUACUUUAUGUGUGUUAAUUAGAUUUUGUUGGCACUUCAUGUUUCCUCUUAAUUAAAUUCUUAUUUCUUAAUAA